AUGCAUGAAGAAAAAAAAGUAUCAAAUAACUUAAAAGAAAAAUCUUCCAUACCAUCAACUAGUGGUAGUUGGUAUUAUCCAUCUAAAAAUCAAUUUUAUAAUACAACAAGAAAAAAAGGUUAUUCAUUUUCUAGGGAAGAAUUAGAUAUGGCCUUAAAAAUUCACAAUGCUGUUAAUGAAGAAACAUGGAAGAAAAUUAUGAAAAAAGAAGAAAAAUAUUUUGAUUUAUGUAAAGAACAAAAAUUAGUAAGAUUUGUAGGAAAUCCUACAAAAUUGUCAUUUAAAGCAUUUCUAUUAACUUUACUUGGAUACAACAAACCAUUCGAUAGACACGAUUGGUAUAUAGAUAGAUGUGGAAAAACAAUUAAGUAUAUAAUAGACUAUUAUGAUGGAAAGAAUGAUAACAAUUCACCAGUUUCAAUUUAUAUUGAUGUAAGACCACAAUUAAACUAUAAAAACGCGAUAGACAAUAUUAAAGUUUUCUAUUUAAAAAUUUGCAAAUUUAUGUUUUACUAA